UAGUAUUGGCAUCGUUAUGACAAGUCUCUUGGCAGCUUCCUAACUAUUGCCUUUUUUAUACGUUUUACACGAGUUUUUUAAUAUCAGUGUCUAGAAAAUAGGUAGUGUACGUGUAUAUGUGUAUUAUGAUGUAACGGCAGCGCGGUGAGGUGUCGGAAAAAUCGUCGUAAACUCGGGCGGACCUAACCACAUUCCGAGAGUCUGAAAAGCGACAUACAGGUGCGUACCGACAGAGGCAUCCCACGGAGGGAUGUUUGAAGUAUCCGAGCAGUAACGACCGAUACACGUGGCACGCUGCUGUGGUGUUAAGUGUGCAGUGAUCACGGGUGACCGAGGGAAGGCGGGAAAGAAGGUGGUCAAUAUGACUCCUAUCUUCCUCGUCGUGUUGCUGGCGAUUGACCCGAUUAUCGCGCAGAAUACUGGUCCGCCGACGAUCCUGGUGAAGCCGCAGUCGCAGCAGGUGAAGGCAGGUGGAAUAGCGAGUUUCUACUGCACUGCGGAAGGAGCACCGCCGCCGCAGAUACACUGGCGAAAGAACGGCAAGAGAAUUUCACAAUCCCAGUCUCGCUACGGGGUGCACCAGUAUGAAAAUGGUGCUUUACUGCGGAUCGAACCUGUCAAGCCAGGACGCGAUAAUACCGUCUACGAGUGCGUAGCUGAGAACGGAGUCGGUGACGCUGUUUCGGCCGAGGCGACACUCACCGGUUACGAAGCGGAGAAUCUACCGAUGGGUUUUCCAAUGAUAACUCAAGCGCCGACGACGAAGGUAGUCGAGAUUGGCCACAACGCGGUUCUUCUUUGCACGGCAGUCGGAUCCCCGACGCCCAUCAUCUCCUGGGUGCGAGAUAUGCUACCUAUCGACACGUCAAAUCCACGAUACACGGUCCUGGAUUCCGGUGCUUUACAGAUCACUGAGUCCGUGGUAAACGAUCAAGGCAAAUACGAAUGUGUCGCUAAUAAUUCCGUAGGUACAGAGUACUCAAAAUCAACCACAUUGUACGUUAAAGUACGUCGCGUUACACCGAGCUUUUCAAUUCGUCCUAUGGUGUCGUACGACGUAAUGAUGGGCGGAUCGUUAAAUAUCACUUGCGUCGCGGUGGGUGCACCAAUGCCUCGUGUGAAAUGGAGAAAGGAUCCCGCGACCGAUUUGACGCCGGAAGACAACGUGCCUGUUGGCAAAAACGUCUUACAACUGACCGACAUCAAGGAGUCCGCCAAUUACACGUGCAUAGCCUCCAGUGAUCUUGGCGUAAUUGACACGACCACGAUGGUGAAGGUUCAAUCUCUUCCUGGCCCGCCGGAGAAUGUUCAAGCGUCGGAUAUCACUGCGACGUCGGUGAAGUUGAGCUGGUCCUACAAAAGACCGGAUGAUCUGCAGUACUAUGUAAUUCAGCAUAAACCGAAGCAUGUGAACCAGGCAUUUGCCGAGAUAUCCGGUAUCACGACAAUGUAUUACCAUGUUAGGAGCCUCAGUCCGUAUACGGAGUAUGAGCUCUACGUGAUAGCCGUGAACAACAUCGGGCGUGGUCCCCCAAGUACCCCGGUGAUAGUCACCACUGGUGAAACAAAACCCGGUACAGCGCCGCGAAAGGUUCAAGUUCGACCAUUGAGCUCCAGCACAAUGGUCAUACAGUGGGACGAGCCGGAAACUCCAAACGGUCAAGUGACGGGAUACAAAGUGUAUUACACAACGGAUUCGAAUCAACCGAUGGCAUCGUGGCAAUAUCAAAUGGUUGAUAACAGCCAGCUGACAACCAUCUCGGAGCUGACGCCGCAUACUAUCUAUACCAUAAGAGUCCAGGCACUCACGAGCGUCGGUCCUGGACCUCUCAGUAUGCCAGUGCAAAUCAAAACGCAACAAGGGGUACCGAGUCAGCCCGAAAUGUUAACGGCAGUCGAGAUCGGGGAGACCAAAGUAACGCUCCAAUGGAGCAAACCCGCUCAUAGCGCUGAGAAUAUUCUCAGCUAUGAGCUGUACUGGAAUGACACUUACGCGAAGGAGAAGCAUCAUCGCAGAAUACCGGUUACCGAGAACUACACACUGACGGGACUGUAUCCGAAUACACUGUACUACGUUUGGCUGGCCGCGAGGAGUCAAAGGGGGGAGGGUGCCACGACGAUACCGUAUCCGGUUCGCACAAAACAGUACGUCCCCGGGGCUCCGCCUCGCAAUGUAACCGGCAAAGCGAUCAGCCCAACCUCUAUAUUGGUAACGUGGGAACCACCGAUCGCUGAACGUUCCAACGGGAGGAUCGCCUACUACAGACUGCAAGUCGUCGAGAGCGGUCGCUCUGACUCCGAGGCGAGGAAUAUCAAACUGAAUGACACGCGUUUCGUGUUGGACGAGCUCAAAAAGUGGACCGAGUAUCGGAUCUGGGUACUGGCUGGGACCAGAGUAGGUGACGGACCCCCGAGUUAUCCUAUCUCGGUCAGAACUCACGAGGACGUGCCAGGGGAUCCUCAGGACGUCAAAGUCACGCCGAUCAACUCGACGGCAAUACACGUCGAGUGGAAGCCGCCAAAAGCAAAAGAUCAGAACGGCGUUAUACGAGGAUACCACAUACACGUGCAAGAAGUGAGGGAGGAGGGGAAAGAUCUACUGAAUGAACCAAUACGUCGAGACGUGCACGAGGACGGCGUGCUAGAGGUGAACAUUACCGGACUACAACCGGAUACGAGAUACUCGGUGCAAGUAGCGGCGCUAACAAGAAAAGGAGACGGAGACCGUUCGGUACCGAUUCACGUUAGGACACCAGGCGGAGUACCGAAUAGGCCGCAAGUUAACGUGAAGGUACUAAACAGAGGCCCGGAUGUCUUGGAACUCGAAUGGGCCCAACCCACUCAAACCUAUGGCACUCUGCUAGGAUAUCGUAUUCGAUAUGGUAUAAAGAAUCAAACGCUCAAGGAGGAAUUUAUCGAGGGCACGCGUCAGCAUACAUAUAAAAUCACAGAUCUCGGAGAACAAGGCGUUGAUUACGAGUUUAGAGUAGCGGGUAAAAAUGACAUCGGCUUUGGCCAGGAGACCGUGCGAUACUGGUUCAGCCCGGAAGGCGAACCCACGGGGCCACCGACGAACUUAUCGUACUUCUUUCAAACUCCCGACACUGUGUGCGUUACUUGGGAUAAACCCCUUCGACAGCAUAGAAACGGCCAAAUUAUCGGCUACGAUGUACAGUUCAACAAAAAGAACGAUCAUUCUAGCACUAUAGAUAGGAACACGACCAAGACGAGAGCGGUAUUUACCAAUCUGGAGGAGAACACAGAAUACGUCUUUCAUGUACGAGCGCAUACGUCGCAAGGUAGCGGUCCAUAUUCGGAGAAAAUUACGAUAAUGACGGAAAAGGACAUUGGCCGAGCUCCGAUGUCCGUAAGAGCAGUGGCCACGUCGGAUUCCAGUGUAGAGGUGUGGUGGGAACCAGUCCCCAAUAGAGGAAAGAUCGUCGGUUAUCAGAUUUUCUAUACGACGACCGCUGUGGAAGAUCUGGACGAGUGGAAGCAGAAGAGCGUCGGCUUGACAGAAUCGGCGGAUCUAAUUAAUCUGGAAAAAUUCACUCAAUACGCUAUAACGGUAGCUGCGCGCUACAAGACCGGUCUGGGACGGCUCAGUGAGAAGGUCACAGUGAAGGUAAAACCGGAAGAUGUUCCGUUAAAUCUUAGAGCGCCAGACUCAUCGACACACUCGAUGACUCUGUCCUGGACUCCGCCCAUAAGACUGACCCCGGUGAAGUACAAAGUCUCAUUUGACGCUGUUAAAGAGUUCGUAGAUUCUCAGGGUAUAACACAAACACAGAUCGUUCCUCGCAGGCAAAUAUUAUUGGAUACUUUAACAACGACCACGACGAUAAACGAGUUACAACCGUUUACGACAUAUAACGUCAACGUGAGCGCUAUACCACGCGACGGUCAAUAUAGACCACCGGCAAAAAUUACGGUCACCACACAGAUGGCUGCACCUAAACCGAUGGUGAAGCCAGACUUCUACGGCGUGGUUAAUGGCGAAGAGAUUCAAGUUAUUCUGCCGCAAGCUUCCGAAGAAUACGGCCCGAUUUCGCACUAUUAUUUGAUAGUCGUUCCCGAAGACAAGAGUACCGCCGAUAAACAACCGGAUGAGUUGACCGAGGAUAUGAUUACCGGAAAAGGUGCCAAACAAGAGAGGGAAAACGCGCCUUAUAUCGCAGCUAAGUUUCCACAUAGAGACAUUCCCUAUACGUUUCAUUUAGGCAGCGGAGACAUCUACGAGGGAUACGAAAAUCGGAAACUCGCAAAAAAUAAACGCUAUAGAAUAUUUGUACGUGCCGUAGUCGAUACUCCACGAAAGCAUCUGUAUACCUCGUCACCAUUUUCCGAAUAUUUAUCUUUGGACAUGAGAGAAGUGCCUCCCGGCGAACCACCACGUCGACCAAAUCCCAAUACUCCUCCAGAUGGAAAUCCGGAAGUUUCAGUAAAAACUAGUGGUCAAGAGCCAGGUAUGGUAUGGGUCGUUGGUCCCAUAAUCGCAGCAUUGAUGGUCAGCGUUUGCCUUGUUCUUCUAUUUGUUAUUAAAAAACGAAGACAACCGUGCAAAGCGCCAGAUCAAGCAGCCGUUACACGACCGCUCAUGGCAGCAGAUAUAAGUUCUAAUCACGCGCCGUCGGAUCCGGUAGAAAUGCGACGAUUGAAUUUCCAAACUCCAGGCAUGAUCUCACACCCGCCGAUUCCAAUCAGCGAACUGGGCAAUCAUAUCGAGCGCCUGAAAGCGAAUGACAAUCUUAAGUUCAGUCAAGAGUACGAAUCGAUAGAGCCUGGUCAACAAUUCACGUGGGACCAUUCCAAUAUGGAAGUCAACGCGUCGAAGAAUCGUUACGCCAACGUGAUCGCAUACGACCAUUCGCGGGUUAUUCUCCAAACUGUCGAUGGUAUGCCGGGUUCGGAUUAUAUCAAUGCCAAUUAUUGCGAUGGAUAUAGAAAGCAAAAUGCAUAUGUGGCCACGCAAGGACCUCUACAGGAGACAUUCGGGGACUUUUGGCGUAUGUGUUGGGAAUUGCGAACUAGCACGAUCGUGAUGAUGACAAAAUUAGAGAGAACAAGGAUUAAAUGCGAUCAAUACUGGCCCACUAGGGGCUCCGAAACUUAUGGACAAAUGACCGUAACCAUCAGCGAUAUUCAAGAAUUGGCAACCUACUGUAUCCGCACGUUUCAGGUUUGUCGAGCAGGUUAUUCUGAGCGACGCGAGAUAAAACAGCUGCAAUUCACAGCCUGGCCCGAUCACGGCGUGCCGGAACAUCCCGCACCGUUUUUGCAAUUCUUACGCAGAGUCAGAUCACUUAAUGUACCCGAUAGCGGACCGUUAGUAGUGCAUUGCAGCGCCGGCGUAGGAAGAACUGGUUGUUUCAUCGUAAUAGACUCGAUGUUAGAAAGGAUUAAGCAUGAGAAAAUGAUCGAUAUUUAUGGCCACGUUACAUGUUUACGAGCUCAGAGAAAUUACAUGGUCCAAACCGAAGAUCAAUACAUUUUCAUUCACGAUGCUUUGCUCGAAGCAGUGAUUUGCGGCAAUACGGAGGUACCGGCCAGAAAUCUGCAUUCUCACAUUCAGAAACUCAUGCAGCCUGAGAUCGACAAUAUAACUGGAAUGGAAUUGGAAUUCAAGAAACUUUCCAACAUCAAGGCCGACUCGACCAGAUUUAUAUCCGCGAAUCUACCAUGCAACAAGCACAAAAAUCGAUUGGUCCACAUUCUGCCUUACGAGUGUACUAGAGUAUGCCUGCAGCCACAACGCAACAUCGAGGGAUCCGAUUAUAUAAAUGCGAGCUUGAUUGACGGAUAUCGCUAUCGAGGAGCUUACAUAGCCACACAAGGUCCUCUAUGCGAUACUACCGAUGAUUUCUGGCGUAUGCUAUGGGAGCACAAUUCUACGAUCGUCGUCAUGCUGACGAAAUUGAAAGAGAUGGGCAGAGAAAAAUGUCACCAGUACUGGCCGUCCGACCGAUCUAUUCGUUAUCAGUGUUUUGUCGUGGAUCCGAUCGCGGAAUAUAAUAUGCCGCAAUAUAUUUUGCGAGAAUUCAAGGUGACGGAUGCGCGUGAUGGUGCCAGCCGUACGGUCAGGCAAUUCCAAUUCAUCGACUGGCCAGAACAAGGAGUCCCGAAAUCUGGUGAUGGUUUUAUCGACUUUAUCGGUCAGGUUCAUAAAACGAAGGAACAGUUCGGUCAAGAUGGACCGAUCACCGUGCACUGCAGCGCCGGUGUUGGAAGGACGGGUGUCUUCAUAACGCUUAGCAUCGUAUUGGAACGUAUGCAGUAUGAAGGUGUGGUCGAUAUUUUCCAAACUGUGAGAAUAUUACGCACGCAACGUCCGGCUAUGGUUCAAACCGAGGAUCAAUAUCAGUUCUGCUAUCGAGCCAGUUUGGAAUAUUUAGGGUCUUUUGAUCAUUAUGCCAACUGACAAGCCGACUCUCGCGAACAAAGGGAUCCGUCGAGGGACAAACGAGAUCGGCAGAGAGGCGAGAGAGAUGUCGAAAGGGCAAAAGUACGACGUGUCUAGUACAAUAAAAUCGUGUGACAUACUCGUACCUUCCAAGAACAAAUACAAUAGCAACGCGAUUACUAAUGUCGUGGGCAGUUAACAUAGAGAUGAAAUGUUUAGUUAAUGGUGUUACAGUAAAUGCAAAUACGCGCAGGAAAUUUUCAUUCUUGAUGAUAUAACAAAUGCCCAAAUCAUGCUGAAAAGCAUUCAUCAGUUUAGGUUAAUCUGUUUUUUAAAAAUUAGAUUCGAAAGUUCCCUCGCGCGAAUUAAGGUGCGAGUCAAAAAACUGCCGUUUAGAAAUAUAAUACGCAUGAUUGUAUAAAUGAUCGUGUCAUACGUUGUCAUAUAUAUAUAUAUAUACGUUCUUUCCUUUGUGUGAACAGAGCGGACUUUUUAAUUUCCAGAUAUUCUCUCACAUUGAAAGAUUAAUUAAGAUUAAUUACGAUAAUGUAAUCAAAAUUACAAGCCGUCACUACGUAGGACUCACAUUCGUGAAUUAGUAAAUUGGAACAUAUCCCAUUGUCGAAUCGAUCAUUCGCAAAAUCAUUUUUUUAAGUCUAGAUAAUCUAAUUCUAAGAUAGACUGAAAUAUUACGACCAUAUCUCUCUCCCACUCAAAAUAUAGUGCAUUACAUGUAUGGGUAGCUCUUACAAACUGAGACAUCCUUUCUCGUUUAUUGAAGAUAAGAGUGCUUCCUUCAGUAGCGAUUGCAUAGAGGAAUGAAAAGGUGUUGAUGUUAAUGCUAAUGAGAGAAACAGAGUAAUGCACUGCAUAUAUGUGUAAAACGCACACAUAUAUGAAGGAAAAAAUCUACAAUUUACAAUAUAUGACACAUUUCCCAUAUUCAAGUACUUACUGAUGUAGAAAAAAUAACAGUUUGAAAAGUCAACUCUAAAUAACUUUUUCUUUAGCUUUAUAAAAGAGAGAGAAAGAGAGAUGAAAAUUUCCGCUCACAAGAGACAAGAAAAUUGCCAUACUGCCAAAUUGACAAUUAUUAAUGCUAUACUCGUUAUGAACAGUAGAGAUCUCUUCUCAUUUUAUCUAUUAUAAUAAUGUUAGAUAGAUCAUAAGAAAAAAAAAUUGUUUUAAGGCUAGAUUAAGUGAUGCCAUUAGGGAAAUGAUGAUGAAAAAAUGAUUCGAAUGAAAGAAGGAUGAAAGGAAAUGGUGCCUAUAUUAAAUGAAAAGUGCACAAAUAAAAAAAUUUGGGUGCACAUUUCUAUAAAAGAAAAAACUAAUUUACAUAGAAGCACUGUAUGUUGAAAUCGUGUAUUGUUCUUCCGAGCCCUCGACACCUUUAUGUACAAAGUUCCAAUGUAGCUUCUACCUCGAGUAUUUCUAUUCUUUUUUUAAAUAUGUUUAAAUAGACAGUAUAUAUCAUAAAUUUAUUUGUUUUUGUAUAUCAGCUUGUUUUUUUGGUUCAUAGAGUUGUACAGAUAUUUUCAUCACAAUUUAAUUCAUACAUUCACAUUUGUUAACGGUACAUUAAAUUUAUCGAUAUUCGUAAACUAUCUUUUUCUCUUUUCAAUGCCAAGAACAUACAUUGAAUGGAACAUUGCUAUACAAUAUAUCUGUUAUGGUGAAAAUAUUUAAUUGGUAAAUUCAUAAAAUUUUUGAUUUUAUAGGAUCACACUAUGUUAGUGAAUUUGUAAGAAAUUAAAAUAUUUUUUCUUACAAUCACCUAUGAUUUUAUAAAAAAUGCAUUAACUGCCUUGAUUUUAUAAAAUCAUCACAAUAAAUGUACUUAAUUUUACUUUUUAUUGUACUAUUAUAUAGUACAAUAAAAGUAUCGAUACAUUUAUAAUAGUCAAUAGUUGAUUCUAUCAAUAAUGAUUUUAUAAAAGCGCUAAUUAUUCACUUUUAUCAUAACAUUUCCACUUUAUAGCGAUAACUUUAACUACGCAUAUUGCAAUUCAAAAUUGCAAGCUCUUAAAUCUAUGAAGACAAUAAUUGUGCACACGUUUAUGUAUUCUGUACUUCUAAAUUUAUAUGAUAUUAGAUAUAGCGUCUUCUAUCACUUUAGAAAUUACUAAUUAAAAAAAAUGUAUGUACACGCAAUAACAAAUGUGAUGUUAUCUGUAGUGCUCAGAAAUUUUAUUGAGCAUAGACUCUGUUUUUUGAUAUUCUUUUGUAACUAUCUAUGCCUAUGAUACAUACCUGACAUAUUUGAAUCCAAUGUAUCAUAUUUUGAUGGCAGCUUUAUGAUUUCCGUGAUUUCAUACAAGUAUUUUUUUUUCCAUUUUUUCCAUAUUUUCCAUAAUUACUGUGGUUCGAGGGUCAGGAACUGUGACUAUCUGUACAUAAAUGCACCGUCUGUCAUUAGCAACAUUAUAUAAAUAUAUACAAAAUGAUGAUAUAUAUAUAUAUAUAUAAAAUGAUGAAUAAUAUAUAUACAUAGAUAUAUUAUAAAUAUCAUAAAAGAAAUACGAGUGUGCAUAAAAGACAUGGAGAUAUUUAGAAACAUGGGUAUUUUCCAGACUAUACUUUUAAGUUUUAAUUGAAAAAAAAAAAGAAUGUGUAACCUUUACUUAUUGUCAGUAUAUGUUGUACCUACUCAUAAUAUUUAAUUCUUGAUACUUUUUAUUUGCGAUUUAAAAUUUUUUUGAUAUUUUUUUUACUUUACUUUUUAAAAUAUUAUUUUUUAAUGUUUUAUUACAUUUUGCUUCAAUAUAUUUUUUUUUUAUACAAUGCCUUUCGUGUAAAAUGUUGUUUUAUGGAUUGGAGAGAUGCAUAUAUGAUGCUAAAAUGAUAUUGCUUUAUAAUUAGAAUAUUUUUUCCUUUUGUUAACAAACUGAGGGCCAUCUCAUAUUUGCAUUUAAUAUUAUUUAUCUUCGUGCUUGAAAAAGUACUUAAUUUAUUUCAUUACCAUUAAAAUGUACGUAUAUAAUUAUACGUAAUUGUAUCAAACUUUUCACUGCCUGUUGAACCAUUUAUGAACCAUGACAUUUUUCAUUAAAUUAUAGUGUAAUGAUAAUAAUUAUACUACUACUUGUAACAAUAAUAAUAAUAAUGAUAAUACUAGUUAUAAAAGUAAUUCUACAAUUUGCCUUACAUCUCAAGUUCACUGCAUAAUAUUAACACUUUAAAUUUUUAUAUUAACGAUACAUUUUUGAAUUAUCGAGUUAAAUUGACUUUUACAUUGUUGGCAACCUUUAUUACGGCUCGAUAGUAUUUGGCCUUCAGAGUGUAACCAUAACCUAUUUACAUCAAUAUGCAGCUUCGAAUUUUAUUUUUUAUUUUGCUUAAAGAAUAAUGUACAUUUAUAAAGUGUUUUUCAUAUAAUUUGUUUGUUUCUUCCCUUAAAUACAUUUCACAUUUAUAUAUUUAGUAUUUAAGUAAAGUUAAGUUCAAUAUUUAAUGCAUUUACUAAACAUUCUUAUGCAAAUUAUGAAUAUUUUUAAACUGUACAAAAAAAAUUUGCAAUAUCUUUUAUUUUCUCAGAUAUUAUGCAUAAUUUCAAAAACUGCAAUUUGUCAUCAUAUUUAAAGACUCGCCCAAACAGAUUCGCAUUCUUUAUGAUAUACUUCUAACGGAAUGUUAUACAUGGUGUAUGACUGAAUAAUGUUUAUUAGCUCUAACAAUAUAUGACUGAAAACUUAGACGCAAAACUCAAUACAAUAUGUAAAAGACAGUUAAGAUAAGAAUGGAUGACAUUUUAAAAAUUAUAUAUCAGGAGACUCUUUACCUGUAAAAUAAUAUUACCUUAUUUCUAUUGAAACAUUUUUAUCUGAUUCUUUAUAUUAUACAAUUAGUCAAAAAAAAGUUUACAACAUAGAAUUAAAUUACUUUAACUAUUUAUUUUGGUAAAGUAGUAUUUGCUAUGGAAGCAUUUCUUGAUAAAGAAACCAAUAGCUCUUAAACUUUAAAAGUCAAACGCCCUGUACACACUGGUUUUUAUUAUAAAGUCUUAUUAUUCUGACAAAAAAAGAGAAAUUAAAGACUUUCGCUAAAAAUAACUUUCAAAUAUCUCAUUAUUAUAGGUAUUCAUCUGUAAUAAAUCAUUAAAUGUUCAUUCUCGUUAAACAUUUUUCUAAUAAUAAUGUAAAACAUUAAGCUUUAAUUUGACAACACUUUUGUGAAAAACUGAUCAAGAUUUCAAUGUAAUUAUUAUCAACGUAUGUACUUUUGCCAACUUUCUUAAAGGCUUCACAUUUAAAAUUUCAAACUAAGAUAUGUUACAAAAAACAAAAUUAAAUUAUUGUAUAAAUAUAUUACUAGUUAUAAGUUGGCAUCGUUAAUCUAUAAUCGCUAAAAUUUACUGCUACAAAAAAGUACACAAUACUCAUGCAUUUAUAAUAAUUAUAAUACUGCUAAGUUUUUUUAUAUCAUUCCAAAACUUUCGUAUAUAUUGUACUUUUGUAGCAUGAUUAUUGUUAGUCUUUAUAAUUUUUUGUAUGACCUAAAAUGUAUAGCAAUAUGUGGUUUGUUGUAUUCUUCUUGAAAACGUACACAACUCGCGUGUGUCUUCGGAGCACUUUUGAUAAUAUAAUAAAAUAUGAUCGGCUGCUUUACAUAGCUCCGUGCAAUAUAUAGCGAGUUUAUUACUGUGUAUAAGAUCGCCUCAAUUUCAUCUGUAGAUGAAUCAGUAAAGCGACUGUCGCAGAUCCGAAGGAUAUGAAUUUAAAAGCAAAGAAUAAGUCAAAUACUAAAUAUCGUUGAAAGAAUGGGAAAUUAUUUUGUGAUACUUUCUUGCCAGAAAGAAUACAACAGGCUGAGGUAAACUGAUGAUAAAUGCAAUGUUACUAAUUAACAACUAUACAAAAUAAAUAUUGUGUAAUAGGAAGAGAGUCUGUUGACAAGGAAAAAUACCGUGUACAUUAUGUAUUGCCUCACGGCAUUAAUAAACUAGUACUAACGUAAA